AAAAGGUUUGGCUAAAUAUCGUGAACGCGAUUGCUGGGUAUGUUUUACACCAUCGCAGUUCACACUGGAACAUUGGGCUGUGGUGAUCAGUGUGCGCAUCGUGCUCUGUUGGCAGUGAGUGGUUGAAUCUAGUGAUGUGUUCUUAUUAGUUUGUGAAAUUUAAAGAAUAGUUAAAUAUUAUACUUCCUGUAGUGAACUGAAGCUUGAAAUUCUUUCACAGAACUGUCCUGGGCGUAUAUUGGAUCAGCACAACAAAACUGCUGCAAUAUGCUGCUUUCUAUUCCCCAAAGACGCACGUACACACAGACGAAUAUCGGAGGAAACGAAUAAGGGAUGUAUUCACCGAGCAUGUACCAGCAUUCAAAGAAACAACCUUUAUGCCAGCCAUUCAUUCGGAAAUGCUCUCUGCAAUACUUCUUACUCUGAUCUGGAACACCCCAUAACAUUCGAAUUACUACCAGCACAAAUAGCAUCGUGUGAGUUAUCACCAUUGAUCAACUUAUGACCCCCACGGUAGCCCAAUCAGUAGAACUUCGAUAAGAUACCAGAAUGUAAUAUAAGAUACGUUCACCGAUUCGAUUGUUUACAGUCUUCCGUACAACUUUGGCCUAUUUCAAUUCCCAUUCUGCAAGUGUUAUUCAGCUUUCCAGAUGAGUCGUUUCUUUGCUCUGGUGGCACUGUUCGUGGUCGCCAGCAAUGCUGCCACUAUACCACACCAGCCCUCACGCCCGGAAGCACUGGCGCCUGAGCAACGUGCGACGCUUGACGAGGCGCUGGCUCAGCUGCUCGAGAAUAUCCGUGAGCUUUUGCGCACGGGUGACCCGGAACGCGGCAUUCCCGUGAUGGCUCCACUGGAGACUGAUCGGCUUGAUGUGGACUUAAGUUUGGGAGGAUUGCUAGACUUUACAGCCAUUUUGCGCAAUCUGUUUGUCGAUGGAUUGGAUCGGUUCCAGGGCACACUGACACUGAACGUGAUGCAGAUGGAGUUCCGGUACGAUUUUCUGUUCCCGGACGUGGUCGCUCGCGGGCACUACGAUGCAAAUGGUCGUCUCUUCGGUUUGAUUCCGGUGUUCGGGCUGGGCAACUUCCAUGUCGCUCCGCGCGAUCUACGCAUCCAGGGAACGGCUCUACUGCGUCAGCUGCCCUCCGGUUACCUGCACAUGCCCGAACUGAAAGCCAACGUGCGGCUUGGUUCGCUGCAGAAUAACAUCGAGGGAAUGCUGCUCGGAGGAGAACUGUCCGAUCUGCUCAACGUAGUCAUUCAGGAUCUGAUUCCUUCGGUGCUUAUCAACUUUACUCCGGAAGUGACGGAUAUUAUUUCACGCGUAGGCGUACCUAUCGCUGAUUCUGUUCUCAACACUAUGACGCUGGAAGAUUUAUUUGCACUGAUCCCUAUGCAACAAUAGAUCAGGAUCGUGCAUAGAAGCAUUGAAGAAAUAAAUACUAGUCAAGACUUUAUGUAAAACGGGAACAAUAACUACUACUGCAACUCAACGGUGGAUGGGAUUAGAUAUAUCAUUUAUAAAUAAAUUGAUUUUACGCAAAUUC